AUGGCUGGAGUAUUUAGAAUACCAAGAGGAAGAUGCACUGUUUCCAAAGAUAAUGAUGCGUUGCAGUUACUUAACGCUACUUACUGUUUUCAAAAUUUUACAGUUAUCUGGUUAGAUUCUUUGUUCGUCGAAAAUAAUGAUAUUCAUAUAAAAUUAAAACGAAUAUUUAAUAAUUUAAAACCUUUUAAUGAUAUAGGUCCAUGUAUUCAUUAUUUAUUUCAAAACAAAACAAAAAUAAAUGUUUUAUUAAUUGUAUCAUAUUUAGCAGCUCAAGAGAUUAUUCCUGUCGUACACGAACUACCAGAAAUAAUUUCGAUUUAUAUUUAUUGUGAGAAUAAACAACAACAAGAGGAAUGGAUUGUAAAACAACCCUUUUUAAAAACUGGAAAUAAUAUAUUUUAUGAUCAAAAUUUAUUUUUUAAAAAACUAAAAGAUUUUGCGUCUGAACAAAAUAAUGAUGAAAAUCUACCGUACAACGAAGCAUUGCCAACUGUUGGUUGUUUUAAUCAAAAUGAAAAAAACAGCUCAAUAAGAACUUUAAGUAAACAAACAGUAGAAUUCAUUUGGUUUCAAUUAACCAUUGAAAUUUUAUUACGUAUGCCAAUAACAGAUGAUUCAAAGGCUAGUAUGAUAAAUGCAUGUCGUGAUUAUCAUAAGGACAACACAACUCAAAAGAAACAUAUUUCAGAAUUUGAAGCUGCUUGUAAUAAAAGUACAUGGACGCCGGCUGCUGCAGUCACAUGGUAUACAAGCGAUACAUUUUGUCCUCGUUUAACAAAUAAAGCUUUAGGAACGCAAGAUCCUGAUUAUUUAUUUACAUUUCGUUUUAUUAUAACUGAAAUUCAUAAGGAGUUAGAUGCAUUACAUACAAUGCGCAUUAGAUCAAACACAACACUACCAACGGUUAUCUAUCGAGGAAAAGUUUUAACAAUGAGUCAAUUUCAAAUAUUAAAUGACAAUAUCAACAAGCUAGUUUCAAUGAAUGGGUUUUUGUCGGCUAGUACAGAUGAAAACGUUACAGAUAUAUAUAGUGAUAAAGAUGGUACUUCAGACCUUAUAGGUUAUACACGUGUUUUGUUUAAACUAUUAAUUAACGACGAUAUUCAACGAAAACCAUUUGCUUCAAUUAAAGACAUUAGUCGUAUGAAAGAUGAGAAGGAAAUAUUAUUUUCGGUUGGCACAAUAUGGCAGGUUAAAUCUAUUACAAAAGAUAAUAAAGUCUGGAAUGUUGAAUUGGAAUUAAGCAACGAAGAUCCAAGUAUUGAAAUGAUUAAUUAUUUAAAAAAACAAUUAGGUGAAAUAUCAACAUGUCUGACGUUAGGAAACUUUUUAGCAGAACUAGAGGAAUUUGAAAAAGCUAAUAAAUAUUAUCAGAUGUUACUCAAAGAUCUACCUGAAGAUCACGAAGACAAACCAACAAUCCUUAAUAAUCUUGCUUGUCUGGAAUGCGAAAGAGGUAAUCAUAAUGAUGCUGCCGUUUAUAUUAAUCAAGCAAUCAGAUACAUUAAUGAAAAGACUCGAAAUAAUUCGCACAACAUUAGUGAGAUGGCGUCAGAAGUGGCCAGAUGUACAGAACAUGUCAUAGCACAGCAUUGCAAUCAGACUCUUUAUUCUGCAACUACUGCUACCAACAGUAGUGCAGCUCCAAUUGAAGAUACAAUUAACUUGAUAACAAAAGCGUUAACUGCGAAUCAUUCAUCAAUCGGUAAAAUAUUCAAUAAUCAAGGACUUUUGUAUUACAGUAGCAAUGACUAUAGUAAUGCAAUGACAUAUUUCAAACGAGCACUGGAAAAUUUUCAAGAACAAGAAAUCAAAUAUCCACCUGACAUAGCAGCGGCUUAUAAUAAUAUUGGUGUUAUU